AUGGAGAUGUCUCUUUUGCUUAGGUUCAAGUUGGAGAGUGCAUGCAUGAAUGGUAGUCUUAAUUUGAGUCAAAAAAGUGUUGCUGUAAAAUUGACCCUCCAGCUAUGUGCAGGUGAAACAAACAGAUAUGCCUCUAAAACUGGAGAAAUAAAAGUAGCGGGGCUGGGUGGGAAUUUGGAAGAAUACUGUUAUAUUGAGCAAGUUGAUGAAAAGCUUCUCAAUUUUAUUCAGUAUUCUAAGUAUUCAGUAAAAGAACUAAACAUGGCUGAGACUCUUCGUUUGGUUACUGCUGUUCUUGGUACCUUUUCGUUCAUUCCGGUUACCUUUAAAAGAGUUAUAAGGAAGAAAAGCACAGAGGAAUUUUCAUGCAUUCCUUACAUCAUUGGACUCUUGAACUGUCUCCUUUACACUUGGUACGGUUUGCCUGUUGUCAGCUGCAAGUGGGAAAAUUUCCCUAUUGUCACUGUUAAUGGUGUUGGGAUUCUUCUCGAGUUAUCCUAUGUUCUCAUUUAUUUCUGGUUUUCUUCACCCAAAGGAAAGGUGAGGGUAGCUAUGACUGCAAUACCAGUUGUGGUUGUGUUCUGCAUAAUUGCUGCAGUCUCAGCUUUUGCAUUCCACGAUCACCGUCACCGAAAGCUUCUCGUGGGUAGCAUUGGUCUAGUUGUUUCAGUAACACUGUAUGGAUCUCCCCUCGUUGCGAUGAAGAAAGUUAUAAAAACCAAGAGUGUGGAAUUCAUGCCACUACCAUUAUCCAUGUGCUCAUUCUUUUCUUCUACACUCUGGCUGAUCUAUGGACUCCUCAUUCGUGAUAUUUUCGUUGCGGGACCAAGUGUGCUUGGAAAUCCCUUGUCCAUCCUGCAGCUUGUAAUUUACUGUAUAUACCGAAAAGGGAGUGGUGUGGAAGAACCAAGCAAGGGUGACCUGGAGAAGGUGGAUAUGGAAAUAGGGAAAGUUGAAAUGAAUAUCACGAAUCACAUGAACGAAAAAUCGUGA